GCUUAGCCCCCGCUUCUUCCGCUUUCUGCCAGCCAGCCUGUCUUCCCGCCAUCCGGCCGGCCAGCCAAGUGCACCGCGAUUUUGGCUGCCUGGACUCCAUUCCCCGAGACAGACAGACUGUGUCCCUCGCACUCGGGGACAGUCUCUCUCUGGCUCGCAGCCUGCAGGGCAGCUGCCUGCUCACCGCCAUUAUGAACAUCCGUAGUGCCCGGCCAGAUGACCUGAUGAACAUGCAGCACUGCAACCUUCUCUGCUUGCCUGAGAACUACCAGAUGAAGUACUAUUUGUACCACGGCCUCUCCUGGCCACAGCUGUCCUACAUCGCCGAGGACGAGGAUGGCAAGGUCGUCGGCUAUGUCCUGGCCAAAAUGGAGGAGGACCCUGAUGAAGUCGCUCACGGGCACAUCACCUCGCUGGCAGUGAAGCGCUCACACCGGCGCCUCGGCCUGGCGCAGAAGCUGAUGGACCAGGCCUCACGGGCCAUGGUGGAGAACUUCAGUGCCAGGUACAUGUCCCUGCACGUCCGGAAGAGUAAUCGGGCGGCCUUGCACCUCUACUCUCACACCCUCAACUUCCAGGUCAAUGAGGUGGAGCCCAGAUACUAUGCAGAUGGGGAAGAUGCUUAUGCAAUGAGGCAUGAUCUCUCGCAGAUGGCCAGUGAGCUGAGACGGCAGCUGGAGAUGAAGAAGGGCAGGCAUUUGGUACUGGGCUCCAGGGAGAACCAGGAGACCCAUAGUGACACAUUUCCUGGUUCCGAGAAGUCCUGCCAGCAGGACAGCCCAUCUGCCACAGAUAGUGGCAGUGACACCAUGGAACCCAGUGAAUCCACAGAGAGCGCCGAUGUCCAGGACAGCUCAGAAGACUUGAAUUCCAUCUCCUAGAGUCUGCUUGAGCAUUGUAGGUCCUCGUAUCAGCCACAUCUACCGUGAUCCUAGGCUGGUGCAACAUCUGCUCUCAGGUCAUCUCCCAGUGACCCAGGUGGCUUCUCAUUUUCAGCCCUCAACAACAGUCUUCCACAUACCCUACUGGGAUCAGGAAGAAAUACCUUGACACCAGAGUCUGCUGUGCAAGAGCCAAGGAAGCUUGAAGCCUGCCAUCAAAGCCUUGGCCUACUCACACCCUGCUGCCUUUGUAUCUGUUUGUAGCAGUCCUACAUUGAGUAUGUUCCUGCAAGUUUGUCUCCUAAAAUGCCAAACAGGAAGCCAAGAAAACUCUUGAAGCUCUCCAGCUUUCAGUUUUUGUUUUUGUUUUUUUUUUUUGCUUAAAUUCUUUUAUUGGUGUAUUUUUGGUAUACAAUACGUUUUCAUUUCUCAUUGGGUGCUUGUAUCUGUACAUGUAAUAUCUCGGUUCUUAUUUUUUCCCCAUUACCUGUGCACACUUCCCCCACUCCACCCUUCCCUAUUUACAAAGACUUUGUUUCCAUUUUUUUUCUUUUCUCAUAAUUUUUCCCUUCAUCCUUGAGAGGGUAGUCAGGACCAUCAAGUUAGACUUCAUAACUCCUUCCCCUCAUUUCUGGUAGAAGUAUCUCAUUCCUCUUCCUGACUCGAGUCCUCCCUCUUUGUCCUAAACUCCCUUUUAAGGGGGUAUUGUCCCCUUCCCAGUGGGAGAAGGUGAUAAGUAAGGGUUUCUACUUUACAAGCGGAAUUUGGAGAUUUUACGGAAAGGGUGAUCUGUAAUUAGAAUCUCUAAUCUGCCUGUGUUAAUUUUUUUUGGUUUUUGUUGUAAUGAUGUACCUUGAUAUUUAUUGAGAAUCUAUAGUAUUCAUUUACAUUACUAUGGCAUUUGCUAACAAGGUAUUUAAUCUUAUUAGCAACUCUGAGGUAGACAUUUAUUAUUCUUGUUUUACAGCUGAGGAAACAAAUAUCUAGGAUCUAAACCCAAAUCUGUUUGAAUUCAAAGCAAAGUUCCUUCUACUUUCCUAUUGCUGUUUGUAUUUUACUUACAAAAAUGUUAAAACUUCAACAAAAAGGGGAAUCUGUUUAUAUUAAAUGUUGGGUUAAUGUACAACUAAUAUGUCAAUUGUAAAUAUGUAUAUAACCUUCAGCUACA